AUGUGUGCUAAAAUGGAUAUUCCGGAUAACAGCCGAGAUACUUCUCAAGAAAAUAACGAUUCCAGUAUUAGCAAUGAAUAUUCGAAGGCUAAAAACAAUUCAGUGGAUAUUAAUGUUCCUAUAAUCCAAUCUGAACGAUCGCUAUACACUGAGAAUAAUGGUGAAACAAGCAUUUGGAGUACCCUAGACUCAUGCCAUAUAAAUAACAUGGAAAAGAUUAAACAGCUAGAUUUAAAUCGUAACAAAUUUGCUUUUAUAAUCUAUCGUCCUAUCCCUUCCGUCGUUAUUUGUCUUUCUAUAGGCACUUUCAUGUUGGCGAUUGGCAUUACAAUGGCACUUUUGGGUAGAACAAUUGAUACUGUAUUCAUACAAUACAAAGAAUCUGAAACCGAUCCCAUUAAAUUUGAGGUAAAACAGACAUUAUAUUCACCAGUAUAUAUGUACUAUCGUAUAACAAAUUUUUAUGCAUCACACAAGAAAUAUACAAAUGAUUCGAUUUACAAUAUAUCAGAUCAAAACAGAUGUCUUGCAGUUAACAAACUUCGUGAGCUUGUGGAUUUUAGAUGUUUUAACGGCAAGAAUACGUUAUAUCCGGGUGAUGAAGGGGAUAAAAUUUGCGAUAUGACAACAAUGGAUAUGGAUAUUUUCAACAGAGACAUCUACCCUUGUGGUAUUUCAUCCGCUACCAUUAUGACUGAUGAAUAUAGAAUUUGUACCAAUUCUGACCUCAAAAAUUGUUAUGAACAUACAAUGCCUGUUGAUUCUAGAGAUAGUGACAUUUUCAGGAAUUUAUUUGAAUAUGAUGAGAAUAAAUUGGUUUGGAUAGAUCCCAUGAAUAUCAGAUUGAGGCGUUGGAAUGUUAGUGCAUUUGGUCCCAAUUUCCAAGUGCUAUAUGGUAUAAUUGAGCAGGAUAUACCAGCGGGUACAUACUACUUAAAUGUUAAAAAUAACACAUGGCCUUCGAAUGAAUGGAAUGCGGAAAAGGGAAUUGCACUGGUAACAACGACAAUUUUUGGUGGCAAAUCGACACCAUUUAUGAUAAUAAUAUUUACAAUAGGUUCCUUAUACUUCCUAACUGGUAUAUUUUUCUUAGUGAUGCAUAUACUAACUUGUAUAUCAAAGAAAGAUGGGCUGGAUGAAUUAACAAGCAUGGAAGACGUUAGUAAUGUGAAAGAUUGCAGUAUAACUGAAACAAUGGAUGAUGGAUUUUCUGAACACUUUGAUUUGGAUGAUGAGAAGGUGCCAUGUCUUUGCCCAUAUCACUAA